UCCCUCUUUCUCUCCUCCUCCUCCUCCUUCUCUCAUUAGGCUUUCCACCGGCAAAACACCGACACACUCCCUGUCCCUUAAACCGGGGAAUAAACGCGGAGCGGCGGCAGGAGCAGGAUUGACCUCCCCCGGUGCGCACCAUCCAUGGUUCUCCCCUGGAUAACUGUCUGACAGGAGGGUUGGUGUUACUUUGUUGAAGCGACAGAGGCAGGCCCUGAGUUGGAGGUGAAGAGAGCAGGAUAGCAGUCCUCCCAGACAGCAGGGAGCAGUAGCAGGCAUGCAGGACUCCGCUUCGGACAUCAAGAUGGCCAAACAGGAACAGAACUCCAAGCAUCUGGACGAACACAGAGAAACAGAUGACAUGUCUGAGAAGAUGUCCCCAAACAAAAACCUCAAAUCUCCCCAGAAAGGCUCCAAACGACUUAAAACCACCCCCUUCAAAGUGACCCUGCUGGACACCUCCGAGUACGAAGGAGAAAUUGAGAAACACUCCAAAGGACAGAUCCUGAUGGACAUGGUGUGUGAGCACCUCAACUUGCUGGAGAAAGACUACUUUGGUCUGACCUUUGCCGACACAGACACCCAGAAGAACUGGUUGGACCCCUCCAAGGAGAUCAAGAAGCAGAUGCGCAACUCUCCCUGGCACUUUGCCUUUGCUGUCAAGUUCUACCCUCCAGACCCCUCCCAGCUCACUGAGGAUAUUACCAGAUACUACCUGUGUCUGCAGCUGAGGGAUGACAUGCUGUCAGGUCGACUGCCGUGCUCGUUCGUCACUCACGCCCUCCUGGGCUCCUACUCCGUUCAAGCCGAACUGGGGGACUAUGACCACGACGACCAUGGCUCUGACUAUGUCAGCGAUUUCCGCUUUGCCCCCAAUCAGACUCGUGAGCUGGAGGAGAGGGUGAUGGAGCUCCAUCGAAACUACAAGGGGAUGACUCCAGCAGAGGCUGAAAUUAACUUCUUGGAGAAUGCAAAGAAACUGUCCAUGUACGGUGUGGACCUCCAUCAUGCUAAGGACUCUGAAGGGAUUGACAUAAUGUUGGGUGUCUGUGCCAACGGCCUGCUGAUUUACCGCGACAGGCUGAGGAUCAACCGCUUUGCCUGGCCAAAGAUCCUCAAGAUCUCCUAUAAGAGGAGCAACUUCUACAUUAAGAUACGACCUGGAGAGUAUGAGCAGUUUGAAAGUACAAUCGGCUUUAAGCUUCCCAACCACAGAGCUGCCAAGAAACUGUGGAAGGUCUGCAUUGAGCAUCACACCUUUUUCCGGCUGGUUUCUCCAGAGCCUCCUCCUAAGGGCUUUUUGGUGAUGGGUUCAAAGUUUCGAUACAGUGGAAGGACACAGGCUCAGACCAGACAGGCCAGCGCUCUUAUAGACCGACCGGCUCCGCACUUUGAACGCUCCACCAGCAAGAGGUACCUGCUGUCCAGGAGCUUGGAUGGAGCAGAGUUCUCAAGGCCGGUGUCAGCCAUGUGCGAGAACCAUGAUGGCAUAUCCCACCGCAGCGUCAGUGAACAGCGUCGCCUCGGCAGUCCCUCUGUGGAUGAGCAGGAGACCGAGCUGGAGCCCAGUUUGGAGCAGGACGAGGAGGACAAGGACCAAGAGCAGGGCCAGGACACAGAUGAUGGCAAUGUCACUCCAAGCAGAAAGAAAGAAAUCAUGUUUUUGGAUAAGUCUCAGGACUUCUUGCUGAAGCACCAGGCCAGCAUCAACGAGCUGAAGAGAACCCUGAGGGAGCCCAACAGCAAGCUGAUGAACCGCGAGAAGCGUCUGUCAGCCUCCUCCCCGACAGGCACACCAGAGAAGAAGGCUUUGGUGGUCCGAGCAGUGGGAAAGGACCCUGUUAACAGCCUGUCUGUUGAGGGUUUCGUCCAGAAGACUCUGGUGACUUCACCUGAGGGCUCUGAGGAGUGGGUAUUGAUUGAAAAACAAGAAACUUAUCAACAGGACCAUGACUGGAAGGCAGAAGAAAAGAACAAAUCUCUCUCAUCUGAUUCCUCAUGGGAGAAAAAGGAACUGGACAAAGAGAUAGACAUUGCCAAGAUGAUACAUAAAGAGGUAACAGGGUAUGACAGGAAAGAAAUGAAAAGCCAUAUUGAUGAAUUUCCAUCAACAAAAUCGUCCAGAGAGGCAGAUGUAUGCUCUGAGCCUCGACCAGCGAACAAAAGUCGUUUUGUGAUUCAGUUAUCGGAGAAUGCGGACUUGCUUCAAGACAAAUCUCAAAGUAAAUCAUCUGAAGCCUCAGACCCUCAGGCAGACAAUGAUGUGGCCCUGGGCUCGUGCCAGAUAAAGGAACGCACAGCUUCUAAACCAAGAAAAAAAAGGAGACCCCAGAGCUUAAACCUGGGAAUGCCUGCAGAGCUCAUCUACAGGAAAGAAGACAGUGAUUCUACUGGAGAAGAAAAUGAGGGCUCAGAUUUAGACAGUCCAGAAAAUACCUCUAAAACAGGAAAUGACUGUGAGUCAUCCUGGUUGGUGAUGAUGAAAGAUGAUCAGGGAUCAGGAAAGGAUCAGUCUGUCCGGGUCUAUGCAGACAACAAACAAGAGGAUAUAUCAUUAGGAGAAAGCAGGGAGGUCUCCACUGAAGGAGCAGAGCAGGUAAAGAGGAAAGUGAGUCAGGUUUGGCCAGCAGAUAUCGACUUAGGCUCAGUGAACGGACCCGGAAAGGUAGAACAUGAUAGUUCAUUAGCAGGUGUUAAAGGGGAGUGUGUGAUGAAGGUGCGAGGGAAAGGCCUUAUUGAUAACAAAGAGCUAGCUGAGGUGAAACUGCGACAGGUCAGGACACAUGAGAGGAAGAUAAGUAGUUCUGGGGGAGAGGAUAUUGAGGGUUUCAUUGGAGACAGAGGUCAGAGGACCUCUCUCCACCGACUGUCAGGCAGCAGCUACCAGUCGGAAAUCACCAGGAUUGUUCCUCUCAAGCCAGAGCGAUCAAAGAGCGUAGCGUGUAAGGAUGAAAGGGACAGGACAGGACAGGACGAGCCCACACGGGCCAUGAGAAGAGAGUACCGCUGGUCGGUCGGCUCUCCAGAGGGACCCUCAGACUUCAACUGGACGGACGUCUCCACCCACCAUCCAGCAUUCGCAGCAGAUCUGGAGGGUAUCGGUAAAACAGAACAUCCUGAUGAUAGCUAUCAGUCCAAUAGAGGACCUACAGAGAGUCAGUUGUUCAGCUCAAAGAUUUCAGCACUUCCCAAAAUGGUUCCCCCAGCCCCGCCAGUGAAAACACAGAAGGCCAGGGAGUCUGGACUAAUACUACGGAACAGCCGAAAUGCCGGCAGGGAGCCGAGCCUGGACGCAGCCAAGAAGAGACACUCGGAGCCUGUCUCUACUCCUGCCAUUUAUGAAGAGCCAUUUGCUGAUUUCAAGAAGGAGCUCGGGGACAGGAGGCCCCCGCCGAUCAUAACCUCAGAGGAGGAGCAGGAGCGGGACACGGUGGCCUGCAUGAGGGAAACCCACCUGGGCAUCGAGCGCAAGUGCUCCAGCAUGACGGUGAGCUCCACGUCCAGCCUGGAGGCUGAGGUCGACUUCACCGUCAUCAUGGACCUCCACUCCAGCGUGGAUGACUUCUCUAAGGGCAUGUCGGAGCUGGGAGAGAGGGAGAGACAGCCCGAAGUUGGCCGGGAGGACUUUGAGGAGACCUCCAGGUUCUACUCAGCCCGUCUAAUGGGCUCCCGGGACAAGUCUCCCAUGGAGGAGAAGCUUCCUGAGGAGGGAACACAUCAUGAGCCUCCUGUGGCAAAGAAAGACCCCAGUGCUGUGAACGUGGCCCAUAUGCUGAAGAGGUCCGACACCAAGACGGAGACACAUACGAAUGGAUCAGAGAUCCACCCCAACAUCAUGAAUGUCUCACCGAAGCCAAUGGACAAUGCUGUCAUCGAUGGGCAGACAAAGAUCUCCAGCACCAAUGUUGUUCAGCCAGCAGAGGGAGCCAUGUCACGUGUGUUGAGUUUCUCAACAACAGCCGCUGCCAGCUGUCUGCAUAACUAUGGAGUCGUCAGCCCGCGGGAGGCCCCUGCUGCCCUGAAGGAAAACGGCUCCCCGGUAAAAGCUGUCACCCAGGAGAGGGAGUCUGUUGUGUCCCCACUGACCAUCACCGCUGAGAGCGUCACCUCAGCAACCACAACUCAAGUUACCAAGACUGUGAAAGGGGGCUACUCAGAGACCAGGAUUGAGAAAAGGAUUAUAAUCACAGGAGACGAUGAUGUGGACCAGCAUCAGGCACUCGCUAUGGCGAUCCAAGAGGCCAAGCAGCAGCAUCCCGACAUGCUGGUGACAAAAGCAGUGGUUAUCAGGGAAACAGAGUCUCCCACUGAGGAGCUGCAGCAGAGAGCAGAGUCCUGAUUGGUCAUGGUGGCUCCUGGGACAGUACGCCACCAACCGGACGUGAGGACUAUCUACCCCGCCUGUGUACACACCAACACGAGAACAGACUGCAUUCCAUGAAGCAGUAGACAUCCACUCCUGUCCCUUUAGACAAACCAACUGUGACUCAGCCUCUCACCAGACCCGGCCUCCCGUCCUGUCCCGGCCCCGUCCUAGCCCUCCACCUCCUUAUGGAACAGGAACCGUCUUCUAUUGGAUGAUUUACCACUUGGUGGAGUGAUGCAAUAUUAAAAGUGAAACCCGGUCACAUCUUUUACUGUUUGAAUUCACCUCUGUAAGAGUCAUUUGAGACUUUACUUGCAUAUUAUUUCAUUAUUUAAUCAAAUACAUUUUGACUCCUUUAGACCCUGGGGGUCAUUUGUAUCAAAGAGUUUUCAACCCCAAACUCCCCCCAGCCCCAAUACCCUUUCCUCACAAAUUACGUCCCAAACAUGGGCCAUGUGCUACUGUCACAUAUGAAAUGAAUACGAUAUAGGAGCAGGGGAGGGUUGAGUAAAAGGAUGGGGGCCGUGCUGGUGGUGGAGGGGUGGGAAGGGGAGGUUGGUGCCAAGUGGCGUGAGGCAGCCUUUUGCUCGUUGUUGCCACCUCCUGGUUGUGACACCUUCAGUAUAAUCAACAGCUGUCUUAUUAGCUUUUUACAUUUUUAUCUAUAGAGGGUCUAAUUUAUGUCCUGUGUUCGCUUGUUUAUGAAAUAUGUAUAAUAUCAGAUGAUUAUAAUCUGCAUGAUUCAAUUACAAAAUAGCAGAGGGAAUGAAAAAAGUAAAAAAUACACAGACAUGUCCACAUUUGAAAUCCAUAAGAAGCUCUGACAUGAUGGGACUGAGCACGUGUGGAGAAACUGUAAACACCACUGCACCACUGAGUAGUGGACACACAGUGAUCUUGAUGGACUCUGCUGAAGAAGGACAGUUGUGUAACACUUCAGCUGGCACUCAGCUUUGGUCCCAGUCUCCAACGUACAAACAUCACUGUCCUCGUCCCGUUCCCCCCCGCUCACUGUUACCGUUUUCAUUUUGGUGUCAACUCGCCAUCUGCAUAAAGAAACGCUGGUCACACGUUUUGGGCACAGUUAUAGGAUUUUUAGAGAAAUUUUAAUAUAAAUAAUGUUUUAUCUAAUUUUAAAAGUUUAAAAAAUGUGAUGAUAUGUUUCCAUUUGUUUUUUCCUUGAUUUUACUGACUUCCAUCAUAAAACAGAGUUUAUUUGUUAUUCUUGUGUUUUAGGACAUUUCAGUCAUCAUGUGUGAACAUGCUGGAACCUCUCUCUGAAAGAGCGUUGUUUUUUUUGUGCUUUUACUUUGCUCGAUGCUGCGUUCCACUGGAGAUCUUAAACUUAGAUCUCACCCAAGUUAGAAACAAGUUUGACUUUGUGAAGAUGUGAUGCAAUGAAGAGAAAUACAUUGAACUGGGGAACGGGUCUUUGGUUAUUAACAAUCUUGACAAUAAUCAAUAUUAGCAUCAUAUCCAUUCCUAGAACCUGAUAUAAUAGAUAUGAUAGAUUUUUUUGACAGUGCAACGAACUGUAAAUAUUGACAUAUUAUGAUGGCAGACAUGUUAGCAAACAGAUGUCUGUUUAAAUAUUCAGCAAACACGGAACAACAUUAGUAUUCAAGAAUGGAGUCAUUUUUCCUGCCACCUGGUGAAUGUAAGUCCAAUAUUCACUCUUUUUAGCGAAAUAUUUAGCUGCUAAAUUCUCCACUAUGUCCACCACUAAGUUGCUUACUUUGUCUGCAGUGUGGUGCUGACUAGAGUGACCCAAACCAGUAAAGUUGCGGGCCGUAAAAAAAACAAAACAAUGCGCUCAAGGUAGUGUUUUAGCCUCUUAGGCUAAGUGCUGAGGGAAACCACAGAGUCAGGUGGUAACUCGCUGUGGGUUCGUUGCCAACAGCAACACCUUUCACAUUAUACAAAGUCAUAUGAUUCAUUUCUAUUGUAAAAUAUUUAUCAUAGCGGCUUCAAUCAGCAAGUGAUGUUAGAUUUUCCACUUUUGAAUAAUAUGUGCAUGUUCACAAACACUGCCUGAAAUGUUCAAAACCACAAGAUUAACAUGGGUACUGUUUUGUUUUUUGUUGGAUUAACUCUUUUAAGUUAUGGUGUAUGAGUUUGUAAUUGUAUUUAUAGGAGUGGUGAAUGUGAGGCCUGUGCUUUUCCUCCCCGAUCCCCUUUAUAGACAAAGCCGAGACUCAUAGUGUGACACCCAUGAAGCGCCGUCUACCCACAACAACGUUGGCUGUCACAUAACAUAUAUCCUGGAUGACCUUUAAUACUAUACUAUGCAUCAUACGUACGAAUCCCUCUGAUGGAGCCUGACCCAUGUUAGACGUGUUGCCGUCAUUGUUAACUUUGUGCUACUGUUAACUGAAGCAGUGAAGCGCACUGCUUGUGAGAUUUGCAAUAAGCAGCCAUUAUUCUUAUCCUCUGUCCUCUAAAGGGAGAAAACUGUGAACUCUCAUGCGUACCGAAUCUUAACCAAAACCUAUAACACAGAGUUAUUGAUAUUCAAAAGAGCUUAUCCAACAUUCGUGACCAUGGCUUUGUCGCCCUCGUCGUCUAACCCUCCCAUCCCCUGACUUGAAACUGUCGACCUGCUGUUAAUGUGUCUGAGGAAACAAGAGAUUCCAAACUGAUUAUUUGUAUGUUCUAUUUUGCUCUGUUUUAUGUUUUUUUUUUGGUCACAUGACACUGGACUGUUGUGAAGGCACUUGCUUGCAGUGAUAGCAGCUCAUAUACUGUACACUGUUGGGAAAAAUGACCUGUCUUUGCUGACACACUACUGAUGGAAGAGGAACGACUGUAGGCAUCGGGAGAGAAGCUGUGUGCUGUGGGCGAGGUGGUGAGUUGAAGGAUGGAGGGGCUGUAUUUAUAUAUAAAAUUUCCAUACUCCUGUGUAUUAUCUUGUAAACUAUGUAGAAAUUAAGAGGAGCCAGGAAUGUGUUUUUAAGUUCAAGGGAUGAGGCAGUAAGUAUAGUCCGAAGGACGGCAGUGCCAUGAAUGGGUGCCUUAUGUUUGGAGUGGUGGGUUAUGGGAGCAGGAGUUAUCAGUGCCCUGCUGAAUGUGCUGUUAAUCACCACGAGGCAGAUGUAGAAACGACCUCUCCUAUCAGUCCAAGGUGAAGAGGAGCUGUCAUUGAAGUGAAUUACUGUCUUGUAAAGAAUGUGACAUUGAGUGUAUUGACAAAAGAAGUGUCUCUGAAUCCAGACUGUUGGUCCUCAGCAAGAGGAAAACAUUUAUUGGCCCCAUUAACGUAGAAAAAAAACAGCAUAGAACAGAUUAUGGAUAUGAGCUUUUUUUUUUCUCCGUGAAGAGCAUCGAACUGCUCCCUGUUUAGCCUCCACCUUCAAUUCUCCACUGCCUUUUGCUCUACAUUCCCCUAGUGCUUGGUGGUGUGUAUUUGCUGUAUUUGCAUUCAGUCUAAAUGGAAAACAUACAUGCAUAAAUAAAUGUCUCAGUAUGAUUCAAA